AUGUCUUCUCACUUCAUGAUCUGGAAUGCCCAGGGGAUAGCGAACGCUACUACCCAAGGCACUUUCAAGAAUAUGAUAGAUAUGUACAGUGUUUUGUUUGCCGCGGUGCUUGAGCCCCAGACGGAUCCCCAGCCUUCUUUCUUUAGUAGGCGAUUUGGGUUGCAGUUUAGGUGUUCGAACACAAACGGCAAGAUUUGGAUCUUCUCUCACAGGGACUGGCAGGUCGAGGUCAUUGACGACUCUGAGCAGGUCCUUCACGUCCGAGUUUCUGCUGCGAUAUUCCCUUUUUCAAUCUAUCUCUCUGUAGUGUAUGCUAAGUGCUCGAGGGAGGGGAGAUACGAUCUGUGGAAUAAGCUCAAGGACAUCUCUCUAGCCACUGACGGGGCCCCCUGGCUUGUUGGUGGUGACUUCAACAUCUUCUUGUUGGAGGAAGAGAGACAGGGCAGCACGACAGACAGGCACGGAGAAAUGAUGGACUUCGCCGACGCCGUAGCCGACUGCCAGCUACUAGACCCAGGCUUUGAUGGCCCACCGUUCACAUGGACGAGGAGUGGGCUCUGGGAGAGAUUGGACAGAGUUCUUCUUGGGGAGCACUGGACGACCGCCUUUGCGGCUACUAGGGUGACUCAUUUGCCUAGGAUCUCCUCAGAUCAUGCCCCUUUGCUUGUGCGGUGCCAGCUCACGGCUCAGAUUCCGAAGCCUUCGUUUAGGUUUCAGAACAUAUUAAGCAUGCCGAAGAAGCCCGUCUCCGCCGUCCAGCAGGAGACAGACUCUCACGUCAGAGGAGGACAUCAGACAGUCGGCGGUUGGCUUCUUCCAGCCGCUGCUCACGACAGACGUUGA